UGCAGGGGAGUCGCUUCACAGGCAGUGAAGCAGGUCUGCAGGUGUCUUUCUUUCCCCCUCUCUGUCUUCCCCUCCUGUCUCCAUUUCUCUCUGUCCUAUCCAACAACGAACAACAUCAACAAUGGCAAUAGUAAUAACCACAACGAGGCUAAAACAGCAAGGGCAACAAAAAGGGGGAAAUAUGUAAUUUUACAAGAUAAUGCAACUACAAAAAAUUUAGGGACCAGAAGUUGGCAUACACAGUUGAGCUCAUAUGUUGCAAUGCAUAAAGUCCUGGUUCAAUCCCGUAGUCCCCACUGUGGGAAAGGAGAGAUUCACAACUGGUGAAUCACUGUUGGAGGUAUCUCCCUGUCUUUCUCCCUCUCUCACUAACUUCCCUCUAAAUUUCUAUAUUUAUCCAACAUAUUUAAAAUACCAGAAAUGGCAAUCAGGAGCAGAGGAUCCUUACUACAUGUCCUUCCUCUGUAUUCUGAUUGUCUAAUAGUUUCACUGAGCCUCAGUCAUAAAUCUUGUGGGAAUAAAAAGAUUAUCUUAUUUUCUUUGACUAUAACCUGGUGGCUGAAGAUGCUUAGAUUAAGGGUAGCAGAUGCCUUGACUAAUGCUUGCAGUGUUCAGUGAUACUUUCUUAGCAGCUGUUAUUCAGGUCACACUAGUUAUGUCAUUUAUUAUAUGUAAGUGAGAGAGAGAGAGAGAGAGAGAGAGAGAGACCUACCUGAAAAGAGCUGCAUGUAUGAUAUUUUAGAACUAUCCAGAUUUUUCAAAGCAACCUGAAAGUCACAAGGCGAACAUAACCUAAAAUAAUUUGGGUUUGCCUGAGAGGGUGCAGAAAUUACUUGGGCCUCUGAGCGUCGCUGUUGACCACUUGAGAAGUAAAAGCCAGCGGGACAGCCAAUCAACAUUACCACUCUCCGCACACAAAGAACUGGGCGUUUUAGCGAGAUGCUUCCUUGCAGAAGAGAAAGUCAAUCAAACGUCUUCAGAGUGUCCUGGGUCUAGUGGGUCGUGGCCAUCCGGGGCCUUGGGAAUAGAGGUUGAGAAUCGCACCGGAUGCUGGAAGUUGUCCCUGAGACUAGCUUGCUCCUGGGUAGAAAUGGCGGCUCCGCCUGAGUGGACACUACAAGGAAGGCUGAUCCCGCUGUGCCUGCUUUGGGCGGCCCUGUGGGAAACCGGAGCCGGGCUGAUGCGCUAUUCUGUGCCAGAAGAGAUCGACAAAGGCUCCUUUGUGGGCAACAUCGCCAAGGAUUUGGGUUUGGAGGCCCCAGUGCUGGUGCAGCGCGGAGUCCGCAUCGUCUCCCGAGGUAGGACGCAGCUCUUUGCUCUGCACCCGCGCAGCGGCAGCUUGGUCACCGCGGGCAGGAUCGACCGCGAGGAGCUCUGCGCUCAGAGCGCUCGGUGCCUGGUGAACUUUAACAUCCUGAUGGAAGACACAUUGAAUAUUUACUCAGUAGAGGUGGAAAUAACAGAUAUUAACGACAAUGCACCUCGCUUUGGAGUAGAUGAACUGGAGGUAAAGAUCAGUGAAUUAACUACAGCUGGAUUCAGGAUUCCUCUAAAGACUGCUCAUGAUGCAGACGUGGGGAAAAACGGUCUGCAGAAAUACCAGCUGAACCCAAAUGACCACUUCUCCCUGGACGUGCAGAGCGGCGUGGAUGGGAACAAGUUCCCGGAGCUGGUGCUGGAGCAGGCCCUGGAUCGCGAGGAAGAAACCACUCACCAUCUUGUCCUCACAGCUUUGGAUGGAGGCGACCCGGUGCUAUCUGGUACCUCCCGCAUCCGCGUGGUGGUCCUGGAUGCUAACGACAACGCACCCCUGUUCACACAGCCCGAGUACCAUGUAAGUGUUCCAGAGGAUAAGCCCAUAGGCACCCGCAUACUCACGGUGACCGCCACUGAUGUAGAUGAGGGGUACAAUGCUCAAGUGGCAUAUUUUCAGGAGAAAAGCCCUGAUGAGACCACAGAGGUCUUUGAGCUGAAGUCCACAUCUGGAGAAAUAACACUUACCAGAAGACUUGAUUAUGAGGAUGCCAAAUUCCACGAAAUUGAUAUUGAAGCACGUGAUGGCCCUGGCCUCCUGACCAGAGCGAAGGUUAUUGUCACAGUUUUGGACGUAAAUGACAACGCCCCUGAAUUUUACAUGACAUCUGUCAGUAGCUCAGUUCCUGAAGACUCUCCUCCAGGCACUGUAAUUGCACUUUUCAAUGUCCAUGACAGAGACUCUGGGCAGAAUGCACUUAUUACAUGCUCACUCCCAGACAACCUUCCUUUCAAGCUGGAAAGGUCAGUGGACAAUUACCACCGACUGGUUACAACCAGAGCCCUUGACAGGGAACAGUUUUCCUCUUACAAUAUCACUGUGACAGCCAGAGAUGGAGGAGACCCAUCCCUGUCUACCAAGGCUCAUGUUUGGCUGCAGGUGGCAGACAUCAAUGACAACCCACCUGCCUUCCCUCAAGCUUCCUACUCUGCCUACAUUCCUGAAAACAACCUCAGAGGUGCUUCUAUCUUUGCCCUGAUGGCCCAGGACCCUGACUCUGAGGACAAUGCCCAUGUCACUUAUAGCUUGACUGAGGACAGCGUUCAGGGGGCACCUCUGUCCUCCUACAUCUCCAUCAACACUGACAUAGGAGUCCUCUAUGCUUUGUGUUCCUUUGACUAUGAGCAGUUCCGUGAACUACAGCUAUGGGUGACAGCAAUGGACAGUGGGAAGCCUCCACUCAGCAGCAAUGUGUCCCUGAGGCUGUUCAUUCUGGACCAGAAUGACAAUGUUCCUGAGAUCUUGUACCCCACCCUCCCCACUGAUGGUUCCACAGGAGUGGAGCUGGCACCCCGCUCUGCAGAGCCCGGAUACCUGGUGACCAAGGUGGUGGCAGUGGACAGAGACUCAGGCCAGAAUGCCUGGCUGUCCUACCGCCUGCUCAAGGCCAGUGAGCCAGGGCUCUUCUCAGUGGGGCUGCACACAGGUGAGGUGCACACUGCCAGGGCCCUGCUGGACAGAGAUGCUCUCAAGCAGAGCCUGGUGGUGGCAGUGCAGGACCAUGGCCAGCCCCCUCUCUCAGCCACUGUCACACUCACUGUGGCCAUAGCUGACAGCAUCCCAGAUGUGCUGGCUGACCUGGGCAGCCUGGAGUCUCCUGCCAAUCCUGAAGAUUCUGACCUCACACUCUACCUGGUGGUGGCACUAGCCUCUGUGUCCUGCAUCUUCCUUGCCUUUGUCAUCGUGCUGCUGGCUGUCAGGCUGAGGCGCUGGCACACAUCCCGCCUGCUCCAGGCUUCAGCAGGUGGACUGGCUGGCCUUCCUGCCUCUCACUUUGUGGGUAUGGAUGGGGUGCAGGCUUUCCUACAGACCUAUUCCCAUGAGGUGUCCCUCACUGCAGACUCCAGGAAGAGUCACCUGAUCUUCCCCCAGCCCAACUAUGCUGACACCCUCAUCAGCCAGGACAGCUGUGAGAAAAGGGAAUUUCUGUCAAAUCCUCAAUCUCUACUUGAAGAUAAAGGAGCAGAACCAUUUUCUCAGUUUUAAGAAACACACAGUGAAGUACUUAGAACUGAAGGAACAACCUAUCUACAAUCUGAAACAAUCGGAGAGACUCCAGAGGAAACAUGGAGGCUGAGCAAGGAAUCAAAAUGUUGACAUGUGGGAUAAUGGAUGAAGCAUAUAUGGAAACCCUUUGAACUCUUUACACAACCUUUCUAUUCAGAGGGGCUAAGGGAAAUUUUUUUCUUUUUUAAUUUUUGUUUUAUCGUGUAACCUUUCUCUUAAGCCCGAAAUUGUUCGAAAGACGAUGUUUAAAAACAUUAUAAUUAAAAUGACCAAGUGCAAAGAAUUUAUUAGUGUUAAGUGAUAUAUACACAAAAUUUCAUUCUAUUAUUACUAUUAUUUUAUCAGAGCACUGUUCAACUCUGGCUUAUCGUGGUACAGGGGAUUGAACCUGGGACUUUGGAGCCUCAGGCAAGAGAGUUUCUUUUCAUAACCAUUAUGCUAUCUAUACCCACUAUUAUUUUCUAUACUUGUCUGUAUAUUUGAACUAUUUCAAAACUUAUUUUAGAAAUAAAACAUCUUGGAAUAAGUAAAUAAAAAUGAAACAGUAAAGAAGCAUA